AUGCGACUUCAACGUCUGGUGGCCUUGCUGGUGGUUGCCAUUCUGGCAUGCCUUUCAAUUGUCCUUCUUCGAGGGCAUCGGCCCUCAUAUUCCCCAUUGAACACUUCUCCUUUGCCUCCUCCUGCUUCUCCUCCUCCCCAUUCCUCCUCUCCUUUAUACUCCCCUCAAUUGCCCUCGGAGCAUUCCGAAAGCCAUGGCCCGGACUUCCCUGAAACCGAACACCCCAUGUCUGGCCUGAUUUCGAAUGCCGAUCAGCAAUUCAACCAGCUCCGGUCCCGUCAGUCUAAAACAUUGACGGAUGCUGUAAAUGAGUACCGUCGUCGCUAUGGCAUGAACCCUCCGCCGCACUUCGACAAGUGGUUCCAAUUUGCUAAAGCAAGGGGUGUUCAACUUAUUGACGAGUAUGAUACGAUCUACCAUUCCCUCUUGCCCUUCUGGGCGUUGGAGCCAAAGAAGAUUCGGGAACGCGCCCACGAGGCUCUUGGGUUCGACAAUUCCAUGAUGGGAGUCCUCAUCCGAGAUGGAAAGGUCACUCUGGUCGAGGGUGGUACUGAGGAGCAACAAUGGCAGCGAGAUGCCACCGCCGGCAUGAUGAAGAGCUUUAUCAAACAUCUUCCCGACAUGGACUUGGUGUUUAAUGCACACGAUGAGCCACGAGUGAUUCUUCCCAGCGAAGAUUUGCAAAGGCUGGUCAGCAUCGCCAAGGACCAUGCCAUCCCGAGCGCUUUUCAGAACCAAAGGCCAGUCAACGCGUGGUCACCCAAGCCGGCUGAAUUAAACAAGGGCGAUCGCAUCGACGAAAUCCGGACAACUCGAUUUAAUCGCUUUGCUCAUCAACCUACUUGGACUAGCUCCCGAGCCUCCUGUCCGGUAGAUAGUCCUGCUCGCUCCCUUGAUGAGAAUGCACUCGACAUCGUUGAUGCUUAUGCUCUCGGUGAGCUUGGCUAUGUCUACAAUACCACGGCUUUCUCCGACAUAUGCACCUCGCCGUCUCUCCGGAACAAAUUCGGAUUUUUAGAGCGCGCGAAUGCCUUUGAUGUCGUGCGGGAUCUCUUCCCAGUUUUCUCACAAAGCAAGAUCUCGAGUUUCCAAGACAUUCUUUAUCCCAGCCCGUGGUACUGGGCUGAUAACGUGCCUUACAUCGAAGCGCGUGACUUUAACUGGGAAGACAAACAGGAUAAAAUGUACUGGAGAGGAUCAACGACGGGCGGAUUCUCUCGAGGUGGUGGUUGGCGGCGACACCAUCGACAGUUGUUCGUCGGCCAUAUCAAUGCCUUGAACAAAGCGAAGGUCCUCAGAAAGGAUGAGACUGGCCGCUGGAGGUCAAACGAGGUGGACCGCAAUGCAUAUCGUGAUCUGUUCGAUGUUAGCUUUACUUCGAUCGGACAGUGUGACUCGCAAGACUGCGCCGCUCAAAGAGAAUACUUCCGGCUGGCGGAGCCAGUAGAGCAGCAAGAGGCUUGGGCGUACAAGUAUCUGGUGGAUAUUGACGGCAACGCGUUUAGUGGCCGGUAUUAUGCCUUCCUGCAAAGCAAGAGCUUGGUCUGCAAGGUGUCUGUCUUUCGUGAAUGGCACGAUGAAUGGGUCAAACCGUGGGAGUAUUUGGAGACUAUGCGGUACUUUAUUGCCGAAGAAGAAGCUCGCGAUAGCCUGUGGAACCUCUCGAAGACCCCGUCUGGCCUGCACCACCAGAUCAUCACCUUGCGCAACGGAUUCAAGUUCCACUACGUCUGCAACGACUUGCCCGAGACUGCAGCGGACAGCAAGCCAUUGGUUAUUUUCAUCCACGGUUUCCCCGAUAGCUGGGCCAUCUGGCGCAACAUCCUCGGCUCUUCUUCUAUUCAGGAGGGGGCAACGGUCGUCGCGCCUGAUUUGCCUGGCUAUGGCGGUACUGACGGCCUGGAUAAAUACACGUCUACCGAUGUGCUCGAGAACUUGACCGGGUUUAUUUUGGCCGUCAGGUCCAAGUAUGGCGUCGACGGCGAGACGGGGGCCAACCAGAAGCGAACGAUCAUCGUUGGCCAUGACUGGGGCUGCGUUCUUUCCAUGCGACUUGCGUCCGAGGCUCCUGAGUUGGCCGACAGGUUUAUUCUCAGCAACGGCCCACUGACUCGCCUUGUUGUGUCCAACAUUCGCCGAUUGCUAUCGUCAUCUUUCAUGAUCCUCAAGUCUUCCUUGCGCUCUCCGAUUCGGUCUCGCGCAGCUAUUUUCAAGGCGCUGAAGUCCCUUCAACCCGUCGCUCGACAGUUGAGCCUUUCGGGGUACAUUUUCGCCGUGAGGAUGCCCGUUUCCUUCGUCAAGUACCUCGGCACGGGCGGCUACUACUCAUUCCUCAAGUUGACUCACAAGAAAUCGUACGGAACUGAUAAGUAUACUGCUUUGGACGCUGCCGACUGCAUGGCGAGUACACUGGGCCCGUCCGCCGAGGAACUCAAGACCCGGACCGCCGACGGUCAAGGCUACCCUGCUUCGAUUUCUGAGGAACGGACCGUUUCGAAUUUCAUGCACAUGGCAUCUUACUACCGGGACAAUACGGCCCUCGCGCGCUGGCAGAAGUCGGUUGAAACCAUCGCUGAUCUGCACAACAUUCAACAGGGCAAGCAUCUCCGCCGAGCCAGCUCCGGCACCGGACUGUUUGACGAAGGCCCGAAGGGGGCCCUGAAGGCUAGUGCGACCUUUGUCUGGGGCAAGGCCGACAUUGCGCUUGAUCCGCGAUUGUGCCUGGUCGGGAUUGGUGAUUACCUUGUCCAGAACAGCCAGGUCAUCGAGCUUCCUCGAUCCGGCCAUUUCACCCCGUUGGAGCAGGAGAGUCGUGCGGCACUGGAAAAGGCAGUCGAAUGGGCGGUUCAGGGCGAGAAGGAGGAUGUCGGAGCUGCCAUCCAGAGCUGCUAUCCGGGAGCUGUGGUGACCAUGAUCUACGAUGAACUUAUCCCCGUUCACCCGAUGACGAACAGUACCCCGGCGAACCUCUGGCUGAUGGAACGCCCGGACCUGAUAGCCACGUUUACCAAGAUCGAGCUUUGGAGACAAACGCAGUUCCGGCGCAUUGUAUAUAUUGAUUGUGACGUUGUGGCGCUCCGAGCCCCUGACGAGCUGCUCGAUCUCGACGUGGAUUUCGCCGCCGUGCCGGACGUCGGCUGGCCGGAUUGCUUCAACAGCGGGCUGAUGGUGCUGCGUCCCAACCUGGAGGAUUAUUUCGCCCUCCAGGCGCUUGCAGAACGCGGCAUCAGCUUUGAUGGCGCGGACCAGGGAUUGCUGAACUUGCAUUUCAAGGACUGGCAUCGGCUCAGUUUCACCUAUAACUGCACCCCCAGCGCAAACUAUCAAUACGUACCGGCCUACAAACAUUUCCAGAGUACAAUUAACAUGAUCCAUUUCAUUGGGUCCCAGAAACCAUGGAACAUGUCGAGGCAGGUGGCACCGGCUGAUUCACCUUAUAAUCAGUUGCUAGGCAGGUGGUGGGCCAUUUACGAUCGGCAUUAUCGUCCGACCGCGAGAGCUGCGAGUGUAUCAGAUGCGAGUGUACCGGAAUACAAUUAUCGACCGGAGGCCGAACCCACUCCUCUUCCAGACCAGAGUUUCCCGAGCCCUCAGGGACCACCGGUAGAAAGACCACCGGUAGAAACACAACCUGCGGUACAUCCAGAGCCGUCAUGGACAUCAAUUCCUGCGCCGCAGCCAAAACCGGGGAAGGAAGACUCUACACCAUAUGAAGCCGAGCCCAGUGAAUUUCAUGAGCCCGCUACUCAAGAACCACCUGUCGAAGUCCCACAGCCACAAACUGAGGUAUCCCAGUCAAAUAUUGACCGAAAUGUGCAAGCACCUUUCUUCAGUGCUGUUCCACAAUACGUCCGUGGAGAAGAGCACAUAUCGGCUUACAUCCAGCCACAACCUCAUGGGGCACCGUCUGUCACGCAUAUAGAGCAACGAACCUGGGUCCAACCAAGUGUCGGCGAACCGAUCUCAUACCCGCCGUCUUCGGAUGUUAUUGAGACCCAACCCAGUGGGGAACCAGAGGAAUUCACUCAUCGAGAGGAGGAACACUCGUCAGAGCGAUCCACGCCGAGACCUGAAACCCCAACUUUCGAAGCCCCCAAGGCUGAAUGGGAUGCACCUCAUGAACCUCCGCCCCUAAAUAGCAAGCCUGAAGGUAUUGCUUUGGAAAUGAAGACUUAUACCAUGUCAGAGGAUAACCAGCUGUUCCAACCGCCUGUCUCAUACCCGGAAGCCCCCAAGAACAUGUACUAUGAUGUUCCUGAAACGAAACCCGAGCCUGAGAAACUUACGCAAAUAUUUCCUUGGGAAAGUCACAUGCCCAAGCCCACCCGGGUGUUUGUGAAUGACGAUCAAGGAAGUCUUUCACUUCCGAGUCCGAGUAGCACAAGGAUCUCUACGGAGUCUUCCAAAGAAGACUCGACGACGCAGUCGUUAGAAUCAGCAUUUACCUGGACUUACAGCGAACCUCCUGAGUCAUGGGAAAACUACUCCAGGUCCAAUGCAUGGGACGACGUCCCAGAGAUCCAACGAUAUAUCCAAUCUAUCCAGCAAGCCCGAAAAGCCAGGGUCCAGGUAAUAUCGGGCGCAUCCAGCUCUGGCCAUGGAUCUUCAGGCCAAACGAUAACGGCGCCUGACUCAGACACGCGAUUGACUCAUUUUCCAAGUGAGAUCGAGCGUCCCAGUCUACCAGUGACACCCAUGCCCAUCAGAAGAUCGUCAUAUGUCUCCUACACCCCCGAAGAGGAAUACACCGCGGGCCAACUGCCCAUCGCCGAAGGAGUGCCGAACCAGGAGGACUGGGUGGGUGUCACGGUUGAUAAUCCACUGACAUGCCUCGAAGAGCUCCAACGGCGUCAGUCCGAGGUUCUAGAGAACCCAGGUCUACUCACUGAACGGAUUGUAGCCGCAGCCGCAGAAUUACGUCCGGAUUGA